AUCCUGUAUUGGAGAAACAUGAAAGGGUUAUCUAAUCUGCAAGUGAAAUGAGCCAAACUGAGGAAGUAACAGGAACUUGCAGAAUAGUAGCAUACUGAAUGGAGGCGAGGGAUACAACACAUAAAUAUUGAACUUUUCCAUAUGUCGCCAAAAAUAAAUUAGCAUUUGUGGGCUUUUUUUUUUUUUUUAAAAAGCUGCCCCACCAGAAGGAAUUGCACAACGGAGCUUUGUAGGCUUCAGCGAAUUAUUUAAAAAUUAAACAAGGAUUAUACUGGCAUCAAAAAUCCCAUUUUAUUUGGACUGAUAUUGGUGUUAAAAACAACUCUAUAAAUUGGAAGAAUCUUGCAUGUGCAGUUGCAAAGAAAAAUGAAAAAUGAUAGCUUUUCUUAGCAUGCCUCAGAUAUGAGUGUUCCUGGCUGGGACGGUCUGGACUGCAUCCAUUUCCAACUACUAGGUUGCUGCCCUGCAAAUAUGGGCUGCAGAGGUGACCAGAAGACCAGCCAUUCUUCAGCUGAACACUUUUUUGGUUACAAUUUUUUUUUUUUUUUUUUUUUUUGACUCAGGUUUCCUUUCUAAGGCUGUGUCUGCAUUAUAGAGUUUAGCUGGCAUCACUUGUGUUGGCAAGGCAAAGGACGUGAAAAGAUCUCACCCCGUAAUGUAGAUCUGCUGACAAAACCAUGCAACGUGGCUGCAGGUCAAUCUGCAGAAAAGGGCUUGUGCUAGCAGGGCUUCUGCCAUUCAAGGGGACCCCUUAAUGUUGUAGAGGAAGUGGUGUUGCCUGUACGUCCCUGGUCAGCUUAACCUGAUGAUACCAAUGCUCUUAACCUGGAAUAAAUCUGAAAUCCUGUCAAGUUCCCAAAAGAACCAUAUUCUGCCUCCCCUAGCGAAGGGAUUGUUCCUUUCAGGGGUCCUAACACCCAGGGAAGUCUUCUGUAAAAUGAUGGAGCUGUCAGCAAAAUUUUUGGCAUGGUUUCUUUACAACUGAUUUUCUACCCUUUUACGUUGCUAAAUACAUAAUUGAGUGCCUUGCUGAGGCAUAGCAAGUGCACCGAUCUUCAUCUGACAGGAUGCGAGCCUGGAUGCACUAGACUGAACAAGAGUCCUUAUGAAACUUUAACCGUCUUUCCACGCAAGGAGCGUCUUCAGAGAUCUCACUACUGUCUCAGGCCUUUUGACAGCAAUCCUGCUCUGCAGUCCUUCGCAGAGGGUUAAGCUGCACUUAACUUAUGAUCUGGGAUACUUUUCUCAGCAAGAAACAGACCUUGCACUUGCUUAGAGGUUGCAGGAUCAAUUGAUGUAAUGUCCGUCUUGUAGGAUUACAGCUUAGACAAAAACCCCUUCGUACGGGAAAGCAGGUUAUGCCUCUGGAAGUAAAUGACGGGAUUUGUCAGAAGGUUGCCUGUGAAUGUUGAAAAGGUGGAACUAAAGGGACUGGCGCACAAGAAGAAUGAAAGAAAUGAAUAUUCUUUUGAGGUCUUGUGGUCUGAUUCUUCGGUGACGUUGGUAACCAAAUCUUCUGCUGAAGUGACUGAAUUUAUUUCAAAGCUGUCUCAACUGUACCCAGAAGAAAACUUGGAAAAAUUCAUUCCUUGCCUAGCUGGUCCAGAUUCAUUUUACCUAGACCGGAACCACAUGGACCUGGAAUCGGACCUUAGGUAUUUGGCAUCAUUACCUUCCCAUGUGUUGAAAAAUGACCAUGUCAAAAAAUUCUUCAGCACUUCAUCUCUUUCCCAACAACUUCAAAAUUCAAGUCCUGGCAACCCCUCCCUUUAUAAAGUAGGCACUACGCUGGGUGCAUCUGGAAGACCUGUAUGUGGAGUAGCUGGCAUUCAGUCUUCUCAGAAUCACGUACAGCAUUCAGCUGCUACUUCCGUUGCACUAUCCCACUGCUCUCAUUCAGGGAGUACUGGUCCAUCAUUGUCCUACCGUUCACAGAUGGACACCUCUUCACCCAUGUUAAUGUCUUCCAGUCCGCAGGCCCCCCAGCCCCAGGAGCAAAAUGGGAUUUUAGACUGGCUCAGGAAACUACGGUUGCACAAGUACUAUCCUGUCUUCAAACAACUCACAAUGGAGAAGUUUCUGAGCCUUACUGAAGAAGAUCUGAAUAAAUUUGAGUCCCUCACCAUGGGAGCAAAGAAAAAACUCAAGACACAGCUGGAGUUGGAAAAGGAAAAAUCAGAGAAACGGUGCCUAAAUCCAACAGCACCUUCUUCGGUUACUGGCAGCGGGGUGGCUAGGGUCCCUCCAACUACUCACAUAGGGCCUCUCCAGAAUAUUCGUGGCAACCAUGCUGCAGAGCUGCGUGUAGAUGUGGAUCAGCCAUCCCACCCUCUGCCCCGAGAAGGCAGUUCUUCUGAAUACUCCAGCUCCUCUUCCAGCCCCAUGGGGAUCCACACCAGAGAGGAGAGCUCGGACAGUGCUGAGGAGAAUGAGAGGCGUUUAGAGAUUCACUUGGACGGUUCAGAAAAGGAGAAACCUGUGAUGUUACUGAAUCAUUUUACAUCCAGUUCGGCCCGACCCACAGCUCAGGUUCUACCAGUGCAGAACGAUGUUGGCUCCAAUCCGUCCGGCCACCAUACCUUGUCAAUGCAAGUGAUGCCAGCAGCCUCUACCCACAUCACUCCUAGUCGAAUGCUGAAUUCAGUUCAUAAAUCAGAGCGUGGAAAUACAGAAAUGAAGCUUCUUUCACUUCUGUCUUUAGAAGAACGAAAUAAAGUUUCACCUGGAGCCAGAAGCAGCAUUAAAAUGGAAAAGAGCUUUGGGAAUACAGUGGUGGAUGUGACGCCAACCUCCUCUCAUCAGCCUCUGCAAGUGCUCUCAGGAGUUCCAGAAAACAGUUCACCCGCGUCUACAAUUAACUUUGGUCAUCGGACAAAAGUUGUACACGCUUCAAGUCUGGACCGAGUGAUAAAGACACCCCAACAGCCAGCACUGAUCGUGGAAACGAGUACUGCUCCCAGCGUGACAUCCAGCACAGUCUUCCAAAUGGCUCGUCCACCCAUGAAGCUUCUGGUAUCUUCUUCGGUUCCGACUGAUUCUGCCAUUGCUGGGCAGACAUCCUGUUCCAGUAAUAUGCAAAUAACUAUGUCCCCUGCAAUAAUAAAUCCCCGAACUGCUCUCUAUACAGCCAACACCAAAGUUGCCUUUUCUGCAAUGAGCAGUAUGCCAGUGGCCCCGAUGCCAGGCAGCUUCUGUGCGAACAAUAACACUGCCUCUUCCAGCAGCCAUCCAUCCACGUCAUUCGCAAACAUGGCAAACUUGCCCAGCUGUCCCGUACCCAGUUCUAGCCCCACACUGUCAUCAGCCGCUGAGAACAAUUUCUAUAGCAGCAGUAGCAGCAGCAGCAGUAGCAACAGCAACAGCAGCAGUGGAUCUGCAGGGAACAUCCCGGUACCAAAUCAGAAUCACCAUCACCACCACCACCAACAGCAGCAGCAGCCUCCUGGCUGCAUGGUGUGUAGCUCCUGUGGAUGUAGUGGGAACUGUGGCUCAAGUGGUCUGACUGUCAGUUAUGCGAACUAUUUCCAGCACCCGUUUUCAGGGCCUUCAAUGUUUACUUUUCCAUUUCUGCCCUUCAAUCCUUUGUGUAGUAACGGCUACAUCAACACGCAGCAGUACAACAGCAGCACAACCUUCCCAAUGGUUCACUCUCCUUACAACAGUGGUUUAACCCCAGACUCUGUCAUGAGCGGGCAGUCCGCGUUUGCAGUACCACCCAUGCAGAACUUUAUGGCAGGGACAGCGGGAGUGUACCAGGCACAGGGAAUGAUGGGAACCAGCAAUGGUUCAAACCACAAAAAAAAUGGGAACCUCUCCUGUUACAACUGUGGGGCCAGUGGUCACCGAGCUCAGGACUGCAAGCAGCCACCAAUGGAUUUCAAUCGGCAAGAAUGUUGCCAUAUUUGGACCUUCCAAGAUGAAAUGCAUAACUCCAGGGCAGCUACGUUGCGGUGUGAGAUGAGAGCCGGAGGUUGAAGGUACGAGUGGCCAUUCGCCAGAGGGCCUUUGACCACCCCUGGGCUAGGUAAAAUGUCUACUUUUUUUCAAAAGUGAUCAGGCACUAAUCUCUGGGAUUUUUAAGAAUUGCACUACAGAAGAAUGUAAAACUAUUCAAGCUUUCUGCACUUUUAGCAGACCAUGUCGCUCUGAGACCAGUGCAAGAGGCAAAGAAGUUCCAACUUUUAAAAUUGGCACCAGCAGGCUAUGUGACUUAUAUAAAAAUCCUGAGUAAUUUUCUCCUUUCCCCUCCAAAAGAAGACGCACGGCAAUUCCAGUUCCUUCUGGAAACAACCUUCCUCUUCACCAUCACCUUUGCUACUAGAGAGUGCUGGGUUACCGACAGCUGAAUAAACUUAGUUUCCAAGGGUCCAUGUCCCAGAGACUCCAGAGUCAUUAAGGCUUCAAGAAUACAGAUGUUCUUCUUCUUUUUUUUCUGUAACACACAAAACAGCUUUUAUGCCCUGUAACUGUAUAUAGGUCUCUUUCACAGAAACCUUACUAUGGUUUUGUAAAUGAAUUUUAAACCAUCCUAAAAAAUAAACUCUGGCAGCAGAGUUUGCAAGCUGUUGCUUUACCUGAUAGAACGAAACUUUGACUCCUACCCCGGGGCUUCGGCUACAGGAUUCAGUGGUGGUAGAAGUCAAACAUGUAAAAGGUAGUAACUUACAUUAUCGUCAAGACGUUGAAGGAUUUACUGUCGGCCUCCUUUGUUGCGGUAGAUUGUAGAUUGCCUUGGGGUUAACUACCUAGAAUACAGAAUUGCGAGGCGGCAAAUUGAAAUUGAGACUUGGGAGGUAGCCGAACCAAGCUCGUGUUGCUGAAUUGAAACAGUGUAGUCCUGUCUUGAUGAAGAAACACGCAAAUCCUCCUGACUUGCCCAAGGAGACACAGGCCUGAAACGUAUAGCGAUCUUUGUGUACUCAAACCCAGAAGACGACAUUAAAAUCUGAGGUCUUGCUUAUGCUGGGAAUUGCUUUUCCACCAGUGUAGUCACGCCAGUGUAACAAAGCAUUUGUGCUGGUGCAGUGUACAGCACUUCUUACACUGGGGCAAAGCUUCUCAAGGUCAAUGAGACCUUAGCUACCGAAAAGUUGGUUUGAGCAGCCAAUGCAGUAAGUUGCCCGUCAAGAUUUUUCUGGAAAUGUUAGCGAGAAUUUGAAGGUGUGGGCCAUUCUUCAGUUCCAUUUGCUCAAAAUGGAUGGUCAGCCUCAUCAUGAAACGCCAGCAGGUUAGGGCAGCGCGAUCAAUUAGUACCUCCGAAGAACCACUGUCACCUGAGGCGACAAGACACCAACCUUGUUCCAGGUAGAUUAUCUUUGGAGGUCAUACCAUUUUUUUUUGGCUUCAUGAAAACCAAAGUCUAAAGCUGUGUAACAUUUGGUUUAAAAAGAAAAUCUGUUCUUUCUUAUUUCUAUGCAAUUCGGGAGCUCCAUAUUUCUGUAUCCUUAAAUGGUUCCGUUCACACCACACAGCAUUGCUUGCAAUAUUGGAAGUUAUGUUUGCUAUGCCUGUAUUGUAAGGAGGUUCGCGAGCAACGUUCAGACCUACAACACUAAAGUGAUGAAAACUGACAAUGCAAUUUACUUUGCCUUAAUGAGCUUGAGACAAUGGGAGGAACAACCUGUCAUGCUGUGUUACGUUAAAGGACACUUGCAGUUUUCACUUAAAAUGUUUACUAUUUAAGAUUUUGAGGGUCUCUCCAGUGGCCUGGAACAUGUGCUGAAAGCCAAACUUUAACAUUUUUUCACUUUUUUAAAACAAUAUUUUAAAACCGAACUGUAUUUAAAUAAACUGUAUUUCACCAGACAUGCAAGUAUUACAAACCCUCACAAAAGACCGAACAACAAGAGCAAAAAACUUAAUAUUUUUCUGUGAUAUUUUGCUUUAGUGGCCAUGGUUGGGAGCAUAGUCUGGUCUAAUAUUCAUCAGAAAGUCAAAAGGGUCACCAGGAGCAUGAAACUAAGACUGAACUCCUGUCCAGCAAACUUCUUUAAAAACCAUUUCAUUCCUAUGUUCAAAACGGUCUUCAGGAUUGCUUCCUCUAUGUAAAGUUAAGGCUGAUGUUUCCUCAAGGGGCUUACGUGCACUUACAGGUACAUUUUUAAAACUGCUAAACCUGAUCUUAAAGUCAGUUUGUAUUCAGAAGCAUGAGUAAAUUGAAGGGACAUGCACUUAAUGCACAGAUACUUGUUUGAAGAACCAGUACUGUUCUGAGAGUUUUCCCUGAAUCAAAAGGAGUUGUAGCUUCACAUCUGUUAGUACAGUAUGUUUGCUUCGUACCAAGAACAACCGAAGUUGGUGAGCCUAUACGGAGCACUUUAGAUACAUAAAAUGAUUCUUAAUCCAUUUUUAAAAAGGCAUAAAUCCUUCUGUUUUCCUCUGUCUUCCCCCCAGUUAGGCAGCUAGGCUCUGGAAUAGCAGUUCCAGUCUCAGUAACUGAACGAACCAGCUCGUAAAACCUACUCUCGUAGGUACAGAUAUGGAAAAUACACAGAAUUAGCUGUUUGUUCAUACCUUUGCCCUGCAAGUAUAAACUUGGUUAGUUCUCUAACGGGAUUCCCCUGUAGGGUAAAACUGAUGGUUUAAAAAUGCAAAACAAUAGGGCGACCCCUUGUCGCGUUCAGCUUGUCGUUUCAUUGCAGCAUAAGAAUCGCGGGGUGGAUUAUAGCUCUGUCUUUACUUUGGAGGAGUAAAUGGUGCAUAGUGAAGUUUCAGAAUAGUCUUUCUGAUGUGUGACAUAUUGGUGAAGUAGAAUAAAAUUAUCAACACUUAUAGUUCAGAAACUCAGCAGCAGAGGCGAAUUCACAUUCAUGCUGGACACUAAACUACAGGAGGUUCAAUAAGGAAGAGUUGUCUUACCAAGCGGGGUAUUUUGAUCAUUGGAUUCUGUAGUAAAUUUUCCUAAACUGCUACAUCAGCUUUCAUAUUUUGUGAAAUUUCCCAAGCGGCUUGUAAAACACAACUGCUAGCACCCUGCCAGGAAUCAAGUGAAAUGGCGAUAUAAACCAACCCCUCUUCCGGUUGCCUCCCCUUGCAUUUUAUGCCCUUUAUUGCUUGCUGAUUUUGUGGUGAUGAUACCAAGGUAUCGAAAGCCUUCAUUCACUGUAUUUGGCAAAGAAAUUAGAAAAUUAAAAAAAACGAGCGGAAUGCACUCCCCCACCCCAAAUGAUUGGAUUUUGCCAUUACUUUUACAGGGAUCUCAGUCCCAAAAAGCAUGUAUUGGAAGUCACUGACACUCGAAGCCAUGCAUUCUGGGUUCUCCAGACUUCCCUUUUCAGUUGGGGGAACAUUUGGAAAGUCUCAAUAAACGUAAAUGCUUGCAAUAGUCUAUAGAAAACCAUUUUUGUUUGUUGAGGCCAAAGGUAAAUGUUACUACAUCCGUACUAAAGGAGGCCGCUACCAAUAUCCAUGACUUUAUCUGUGUCAUAACAAACCCUUGGGACUACCUGUUGUCUCUGUUAAAUUCUUAGGUAGUUGAGAAAUGUUUUGGUACUGAAACAGCAAAAUCCUGUGUGUUUUGAAGUGCAGAUUAACAGCUUCUUUUGGAGGUAACUUUCCAUUAGGAAUGAAGGAAACUCCUACUCCCAUUUGAGCCAUUUCUUUUACUUCAGUCAAUUCUAGUAUUACAAAUUGUGCAUGUAACUUUAUAAAUAUUUUAAAUAGUUUUGUAAAUAUUUAAUAUCAGCUAAUUUGAUUUUGAACUGUAAAUGUCAAGUAUUCUGGUAUUGGGAUUUUUAUGUUUUAUUAUACUUUGUUAAAGGUAAAAUUGUACAUUUUUAGAAUGUUUUUAUCUGAGUAAAUUUAAUGUAUGGAAAAUAAAAAGUUAAACAGUGCUUAAGCAGCAUUUCUUUAUUCUUUUAGGCUUCUCCAACUCAAGCGGGUAAGUACCAGGAAUAAACCGUACAGGUAAAAGGCAGGGUGGAGGUGCACCUUUCUUAACAGGUAAAGUUCUCUUUAAUCCAAGUCACUGGCUGAGGGCUGUCACCUCGUCUAUUUGCAGCUGCUGUUCUCUAGAACCACUGCGGCUGAGUCAAGGGCAUUCAAGGCUGUCCUGCAGAUUAUGUUGAGCCCUUGAUAAUGUGGGCCUUUGUGCGGCAGGCUGCUUGUUGUCCUAGUCACCAGCGACUCUGUGGUGAGCAUUGGCUGGGACUGUCCCAGGAUGCAGGCAGGAUUACACUGCCGGUCUCCAGUGGCUAAAGAUCAGGAAUUACUAAGCACAUCUUCAAAAUCUGAGGGCAGCCACUUUAAAUCCCAGUUCUGUUGCACUGUGUCCUUACGGUAAUGUAUGCAGAAACCACCGAGUGAUUUCCUGCCGGAGAUGUUCCUUUAAAAGGCUGCAGUCUUAAACUGCUGCAGGCCUAAAUUCUGCCAUCCGCACUGCUGUUUUAGUACCAUACUAGUCAGUCUCAUCUGGGUCAUUAUGGACUGCUCAGUGAAGAUGGCUUAAUAGCAAUUUAAAUGCAUCAUGCUUUUAAACCGCUCUGUUCCUCCAACUAAACUCCAGCAAUUUAGAUUUCAGCUUUGAACAGAAAGCCAGCUGGAGAUUCUUGAAUGACAGGAAGGUCUUGAUUGAAAAGCUGUGGGCUAGGAAGUAGGUGUUCCCCCUAGAAAGCAUUUAAACCAUUUACUAUCAGACACAAGUCUCCGUGGGUAGCUAAUUAUUAUCCCUGUGUUACAAUUACAGUUACACAAUCCAUCCUUCCCUGCUCUAAAACGGCAGUCGGGCUGGUUUAGGAUGGCCACAUACCUCCUUUAUUUCCAGCUAACACUCCUCUUAAGUGCUGAGUGGAACAUCCAGGCACAAACCUAUUUCAAUACUAUUUAUUCAGUGUCCUGGGCAUCACUAGAGAUUAUUCGUCUGCACUGGGACCUGCCAGGCCAACAUCAUUCAGCCAUGCACUGAAACAGGUGGCAUUUGUCACUACUGUCUCCCCUUCUGCUAAUGGAUGUUUAAGGCAAGGAAGUCUAUAAAUAACCACUCAAGCUGCAAUUACAUUGGGAUGUAAUCCAUCCAUUUCAGCACUGUAUUAAUUUUUAAAAAAGCAACAUUUGUACAGGAAUCUCAGUCAUCGAACACAGUAGUUACAAGAAUGGCUGUCAGUCUCAAGUGAAACCAUGAUUUUACAUAAACCAAACUAUAAAAACAUAGGACAAGCUGCACUGAAAAGUUUACGCUGAAGUAAAAACACAACGAACGUUUAAAAAAAAAA